AUGGCUAGCACAGAGCAUGGGGAGUUAAAGUCUUCACUAUGCGAAGAAAAUGAAGCAGCCCAGUCUCUGACAGAAGUAGGUACAGAGAGUACACAGACUUUUGAAGAAGUCAAUGCAAUGGCGCCCUCGUUCGGUGAUGAGAGGUGUUUCUCAGUUGAAGGUGCAGGAAAUUCUUCAUCCUGUCAAGAUAAGAGAAUGAUGGAUGAAAAAAUCUCUCCCAGUGAAAGGCAACUUAAGUACUUGCUGAACAAGGCAGAUGAGUUUCAAACACAGCUUUUAUGGAGUCGAGACUGCCUCCAGAAUUAUGGGUUUGCAGAUUUAUUCUGCACAUCUUACACCGCACUGUAGGUGAACACGAACUGCAGGAAGUAUCCCAUUUGUAUCCCAUCACAGCUUUUGCAGUUUUCUCAGCAACUGUGUUCUCGUCUGGAACAGCUGGUGUUGCUGUACGCCUCCUUCAGUUUCUUCUCACUGAAGGAAUCUGAUCCACUGAGUAUCUCACACUUCUAUAUUGGCCAGUGUCAAAUAGACAACAUGAAGCUAUCAAUCUUCCGGUACUGUUGCCCCACCCCCUUUCUUGCCUCAGCCAGUACUGGCCUAUACAAACCUAUGCGCUGGAAUGUGGAGCAAGAGAUAGAGGGAGAAGUAGAAGGACAGACAUAUGACAGUGCAGAGUUUUACUUCCUGUGCUGUGAGGAUGUCAUUGAGGCAGCAGAUGAUAAGGAUGGAGAAGGAAGGUGCGAGGGAGAAAAUACAGAAACUGAGAGAGAGACUGUAGAGAGGAUUUGGUCGAUUGUCCGGUGGGUCCAGACGCACCCUGAUCCAGAGACAGAGGACAUCACUGAUUGGGUGCUGUGUUCAGCUCCUUGUGGUCAGUACAAGCAGCUGUUGUGUCUGGGAAGUGAGGAGCCUUCAUCCUGCACUUCCACAGACUGCCUGUUGGGGGUGCUGCUGUCUCAGGAAACAGAUGGUACAUUUGGCAUGAAAACAUGA